AUGGCCGCACAAUCAACGCUCCGGCUCGGGCAGGAUCCUCUCGUGGCGCUAUACACUUACUACACCAAUUUCUUCCGGGACAAGGUCAAGCGAUCAUCCAACACCACGAAGCUUAUCGCUACCCUUUCACUUAUCCUCUCGAUCAUCGGCACCGGGUAUGGAGGCUAUAGCUGGAUUAGGGAGACAGCUAAAGAACGUGCCAGGGGAAAGCGACUACUUCGGCGGAAUUCUGGAAUAAGGGGCAAGGAUGGAACUCGGACGAUAUAUGUACCUUACAAGGACUCCUUGACCUCCAAGGUCAAGAUAUAUCCCACAAAACCCACGACUUUCGAUGCACAUCGGAGGCUUUUCCUAAACCCUCCCGCGUCUGCUCGCACAGGAGAUGAGGACCCAGUCGGAGGGAUACCGCCUCCGACAACUAAACCGGGCUUGAAUCUUGCAUUCCUGCACCAGUUUUUGAGUCUUGGAAGCAUUAUGGUGCCACGCUGGGGCAGCAAAGAGACUGGGCUAUUGAUGAGCCACGGUGUUUUCCUGCUGUUGCGAACAUACCUGUCGCUGUUAAUUGCAAGGCUAGACGGUGAGAUUGUCAGGGAUCUCGUCGCAGGGAAGGGACGUGCUUUCACCUGGGGCAUCGUGAAAUGGUGUGGCAUCGGUACUCUUGCAUCGUACACCAAUGCUAUGAUUAAGUUUCUCCAGUCAAAGGUGUCAAUCGCGUUCCGGACUCGUCUCACACGAUAUAUCCAUGACCUCUACCUCACAGCGGACAAUAACUACUACAAGUUGAUGAACCUUGAUGGUAGCAUUGGCCAGGGGCCGGAUCAAUUUAUCACCCAAGAUCUUACUCUGUUCUGUUCCGCCGCAGCGGCACUUUAUUCGUCUAUGGGGAAACCUAUGGUAGAUCUCUUCGUGUUCAACUAUCAGCUGUAUCGAUCAUUAGGUCCCUUGGCUCUUAGUGGAAUACUCACGGGCUACUUCAGCACCGCCGUUGUUCUGCGGAAACUUUCACCACCGUUUGGAAAGCUCAAAGCUGUCGAAGGCAAAAAGGAAGGUGACUUUAGGGGCUUACAUUCCAGGUUAUUGGCCAACGCAGAGGAGAUUUCUUUCUAUGGCGGCGCCGACACGGAGCGUGUGUUUUUGACCAGAAGUUUCAAAGAUCUUCAGCGCUGGAUGGAAGGCAUUUACAGCCUCAAGAUCCGGUACAAUAUGCUUGAAGACGUGAUCCUAAAGUACUCCUGGUCGGCAUUUGGAUACUUGGUCACAUCUUUACCCGUCUUCCUUCCUGCAUGGGGUGGUCUGGGUGGUGCCAUGGAGUUGGCCGACGCAUCCGAAGCCACCGGUCGUGAACGGGGCCGUAUGAAGGAGUUCAUUACCAACAAACGACUGAUGCUGUCAUUGGCCGACGCUGGUGGUCGGAUGAUGUACAGCAUCAAAGACAUCUCCGAACUGGCUGGCUACACAUCACGCAUUUAUAGCUUAAUUUCCACCCUACAUAGGGUACAUGCAAACGCGUACUACCCACCGCCUGGAGCCGAGUCGGACCUCUUCUCCUUGGAAGACGUACAAGGCACUAUCCACAACGGAUUCGACGGCGUACGCCUUGAACAAGUUCCUGUUGUUGCGCCAUCUCUUUAUCCUCGGGGUGGAGAUGAGCUCUUGGAAUCCUUGUCGUUUGUUGUACAUUCUGGCGACCACCUUCUCAUUUCAGGGCCUAACGGUGUGGGUAAAUCUGCCAUUGCGCGCAUUGUGGCUGGGCUAUGGCCCGUUUACCGUGGCCUUGUUAGUCGUCCGAGAGGCUUUGGGCUCGACGGCAUCAUGUUUCUCCCACAGCGGCCGUAUCUGAGCGUAGGGACUUUACGUGACCAGGUCAUUUACCCCCAUACAGAAAUUGACAUGCGAGACGCCGGCGUGUCAGAUUCGGCUCUCCAGAAGGUCCUCGAAGAUGCUCACCUCGGCUAUCUUCCCUCCCGCGAAGGUGGAUGGGACGCUCGCAAAGAAUGGAAGGACGUGUUGAGCGGUGGUGAGAAGCAGCGAAUGGCCAUGGCGCGGAUAUUCUACCAUGAACCCCGAUAUGCAUUCCUUGAUGAAGGAACUUCUGCCGUUUCCUCUGACGUCGAAGGACUACUCUACCAACAAGCAAAGGAGAGAGGGAUUACGGUGAUUACGAUUUCCACGCGAGCCUCGUUGAAAAAAUACCAUACAUACAACCUUGCUAUCGGCGUUGGUCCGGAUGGGGAGCAAUGGGAGUUUGAAAGAAUCGGCACAGCAAAGGAGAAGCUCGGUGUUGAGAAGGAGAUUCAGGAAAUCCGCAAACGUCUUGACAAUGUCGAAGACUGGAAGAAACGCCGAGAAGAAAUUGAGCAUGAGCUUCAGAAGGUUUGGGUUGACAAAGGGGAGCUUGCGCCUCCCCCAUAUGAAGAGACAUCGAGCACAACAGAGAAUGAAGCGGUCGAGGUCACUGCAAGCAACGCAGAGUGA